GAGAACCAAACACGCUCGCACUCAUCUUCUCUCCCGAGCGAACAGAGGCGGAGGCGGCGCGAUGCGACCGGCCGACCCGGCGACCGGCCGACCCGGCGACCGGGACGGAGGAGCGCCGGCGGCGGGGUUUGGGCGCCAUGGUCUGGCGGCGGCGAUUCAGCCAGGUGCCAUCGACGGCUUCGCGGGAUUUGAGGCAGAGGCGGGCCUCAAUCGAGCCGACACCGGCGACGGGGGCGGCGGCGCGCAUGGUAGGUGGACGUCGGCCAUCUAUUCCGACGACCCCAUCUCGUUCAGUUGGUUGGAAGAUCUAGGCUGCAACGUUGAUUGGACCAAUCUUGAUGCUGAAUCUACACAAGUGGUAGCACACAUGGAGGAAGAUGCACAAGAUGAAGGCUUUGUUGAUGAGGAAACCGACUCUGACAAUUAUGAUGAUUUCCUGGUUCGUUGUGAAGGUGAUACGGAUGUUGAGGACUGUUUUCCCACACGAUUGACAGCAGAAAAUAAUGUAUUUGACGAAGAGAGGCGAAGGGUAGAGAUGGCAAAUCUCCAGAAAGAAGGAACGAGAAAAACUGCCAAGGACAAGGCAGAGUUGUCAAGAGCAGCCAAGAGAAGGGCAAUUGAAGGAGUUCUCGAGGAACAGUGCAUGGAAUUCAGUGAUGUAGCAAGCGAUGACUGCAGGGAGUUAACAGAUUCCAGCGAUGAUGAUGGAGCUGUGGAUGAAGAGAAAGUAUUUGUAACAAAGAGGAAGAGCAAAUCAAAAAAACAAUCCAAGAGAAAAUAUUAUGAUGAAUCAAAGGUCAACGCCCAUGAGCUCUUGGAGGUGAAGUUGUGCUUUGGAGGUGAAGCUGCAACUGCUAGGGACGGAAAAUGCAUCUUGUAG